UUCCAUACCUAGUUUUAUGAAAAACGGUAACAACAACAAAUACAUACAAAUAAGUUAAAUUAGCUUUAACAACAGUGGUGGUAUCUGCCGUUGCCUCUACACCUGGGUGGCCUUCAAGCACUCACACCUCCAUAAUAACUCGUAUCCGAGCCCAAUGCUGUGGACCGUGCACCUGGACGGAGGACCUCAGAGGGUUAACCAUGCCGCAGUGGGUGUGGGCGACCUGAUCUACAGCUUCGGUGGCUACUGCACUGGCUACGAUUACCGCUUCAACGAGCAGAUCGAUGUGCACGUCCUGAACGCACACACCAUGCGCUGGACCCUCGUCCCACAGCAGAACGACGACGAAGGCAUUCCGCUGAAGUACCCGCUGGUGCCCUUCCAGCGUUACGGCCACACUGUGGUGGCCUACAAGGAGCGCAUCUACAUAUGGGGCGGACGGAAUGACGAGAACCUCUGCAACGUUCUCUACUGCUUCGACCCGAAGACGGCAAAGUGGACGCGGCCCGUGGUCACUGGCUGCCUGCCCGGGGCCCGAGACGGCCACUCGGCCUGCGUCAUCGGCAACUCCAUGUACAUAUUCGGAGGGUUCGUUGAUGAGAUAAACGAGUUCAGCAGCGACGUUCACACCCUCAAUCUGGACACCAUGGAGUGGACCUAUGUACAGACAUUCGGGGUGCCACCCAGCUACCGGGACUUCCAUGCCGCUGUCGCCUACGAGGAGGAGCGCAUGUACAUUUUCGGAGGACGCGGCGACAAGCACAGCCCCUACCACAGUCAGGAGGAGACCUAUUGCCAUGAGAUUGUCUUUCUGGACAUGAAGACGAAGGUGUGGCACCGUCCAUUCACGGCCGGAAAAGUGCCCGUCGGCCGGCGCAGCCACAGCAUGUUCGUUUAUAACAAACUCAUUUACGUCUUUGGCGGCUACAAUGGUCUGCUGGACCAGCACUUUAACGAUCUGUACACGUUCGAUCCGCGAAGCAAACUCUGGAAUCUGAUACGGGCCAAUGGUAAGGCGCCGACAGCCCGACGACGCCAAUGCGCCAUUGUGAUAGGCACGCAAAUGUUCCUCUUUGGCGGCACCAGUCCACGGAUCUCCACAAGUACAACCGCAGUGCAGCAGCAGCAGCAGCAGCACCAACAGCAGCAGCAGCAGGGAGAGGCUCCAGGGCCAGCGGCAGCUGCGUUUCAUGGCCAUGCUGAGGGACAGGAUGGCGGGCCAAUGCCUGUGUUGCCUCUCAUAGAUUACAGCGACCUGCAUGUGCUGGAUUUUGAGCCCACACUGAAGACCCUGGCCACCAUGGUGGUGCUGAAGUACCAGCUGGACAUCUCCGGACUGCCGCGAAGCUUUUGCGUCGACCUGCAGAUGCUCACACAGCCGAACAGUAUUAGCCGCCCCAUAAACCAGGCCGGGUAGCAUCAGGCAAUCACCCUGGGACCGAAUGCAAGCCAAAUGCAAACAAAAGGACACAUUGAAAUUAGUCUUAGCUCGCACGACGACUGCGCUGCUGUCCGGGAAGCGGGUCCAAGUCCCAUAACUCCCCACAACUCCCCACAACUAGUCCGCUUUCUAUAGCCAAACGCGCACACACACACAGAGACCGAGCAGUUCAUGAGUUUCAGAAACUUUCUUUGGCAAUUCCUCUUAGAUAUCUGAAUCUAAACUCAAGCAAAAUUAUGAUACUGGUUACUGAUAACACGGAGAGAUUUAGUUUGUAAAACAUUUAUAGAAAGGCCUCAAUAAAGCUCAUUUAGCUGUA